AUGGACGACACACUCAAAGAACCACGCUUGAAGAGCUCGAAGUUUUUUAAAUACAAAUGUCCUGAAGAAAUCUUAGACUUACAUGAAUUCUAUGAAGAGCCAGCGUCCAGUUGGUGUCUUGAAACUUUUUUGAACAAGCUUAUAGAUAAAGAAACGGACUUGGACUUCGAACAAUCAAAAGAGCUUUUUUUGGCCAAUUUGACCCAAAUUCAAAACAAAAGGGCCGUAGAUAAUCCUAUUCGUAUGUUUUGUUCUAAUUAUUUUGACUGGAUAAAGACAUGGAAAGGACAAGCCGUUUCGAACGCAUGUUGCGAGUUUUUUAAUGAAAGCACAAGAUUAAGAACACAUUCACGACGGAAGCGCAAACAUAAUGAAUUCGCUGAGAUGAGUUUUGUUUUAUUUCUUUUGGAAUACGAUUUUCUCUUUUUUGAAAGUAAUCAAAAUGUUUAUGCGGUUUAUUAG